AUGUUUUAUGGAACUGGUGUUCCUCCGUGGGAUCAGGACAACGUGGCCAAGCAGGCGACCUCACUGGAUGUCUCGUUGAAAGAACCACAAGGAGUCAGUCCUGGAGAAAUGUGGAGGCUAUUGCAGAAGCAGCGUAGUCCUCGUUCAAUCACUAUCUGCGACGAAAAUGAAAUAUGGCUGGUUGAUAGUGCAUUGUACUUCUUGGCCAGCACGGCAGGGGUUGAUCAGCUUGCGGUACACAAAGAGCUAAUGGCUGGAAUCGUCACUGCGCAAGAUCUCAUCGCUGCUCUCGCAUCACAUCACACUCGAGUGAGCAAUGAUUCUGUCGAGGUCCUAACUCGUGAACGAAUCAAGCAGGAGUUUGAGAGGUUGCGAGAGACAACGGGCUGCUGCAGUUACCACCAGAAGCGACCGCCGAACCAUCGAUCAAGGCAACUCUGCGCAUUGGCUAAAACUGAUCUGCUGAUGUAA